AUGCAGGCCGCCGCAGACAUUGGCGACCUCGCUGAACUACAGAGUCUCCUGCGAACAUGGGAAAACCAAACUGUGGAUGGCAUCCUGGCGAUAAGUAAAGAUCAUGAGUGGUUCACCCCGACCGUGCCCGAACAGUUCGAAAUUUUCAACGAGCUGAACCGUGCUCAACAAGAAACAAAGUCAAUAUACACAAACUGGUACAUUUUCAACCGGUUAUUGAAUGCCGCAUCCCGGAGCAAUCAAGUCGCGAUUGUGAAAUUUCUCUUGGAUCAGGGAUGUGCAAUCACCUCAUCGGCUGUGCAGAAAGCUAUGGCCAAAGAAGCUUAUGAUGUGUUGGAAGUCUACCUGGAAAACGGGUGGAAUAUCAAUCAACCUAUCAGGAACAAUCUAUGUCCCAUACUACGUGAGGUGGUUAUUAAUGAGACUAAAACGCGCUGGUGUUUGGAACACGGAGCCAACCCAAACGCUCACAGCAAGAAUAAGUCACAAGAUGUGCUCAGUCAUGCUGCCCGCUUCGCCUCUCUUCAUAUCUUAGAGCUUCUUGUCUCUUAUGGAGCUAAUUUCGCCAAUAGCAAUGCCUUGCAUCAUGCUACGGAUAGGAAGCGUUUGGAUGUUAUGCGAUGGUUGCUUGAGCAGCAAGCCUUCCCGAUCAAUCAGCGAGAGCACGAGUAUGAUACUGAGCUGUUCCUAGAUCACCAGUCCGAUGGGUUAGGAACGGCACUGCAUUUAGCUACCAAGAAGAAUUGUGUCGAAACCUUGCGGUUCUUGCUCGAGCAGGGAAUUGACAGCAACAAGCCAGAUUCUCGGGGUAAAACCGCCUACGAUCUGGCCCAGGAGAGUAAUGAUGAGGAAAUUAUUUCAAUUCUAGAAACGGAAAACAAACAAUGA